GUCCUCCAGGUACCUCAGUGAUGCAGGUAACGGCCACAGAUGCUGAUGAUCCCACCUACGGGAACAGUGCCAGACUGGUGUACAGCAUUCUCCAAGGCCAACCCUACUUCUCAGUGGAACCACAAACAGGGAUAAUCCGGACAGCUCUGCCCAACAUGGACAGGGAAGCGCGGCAGGAAUAUGACGUCGUCAUACAAGCGAAGGACAUGGGGGGACACAUGGGGGGACUGUCAGGGACAACAGAAGUGAAAAUCACCCUGACGGACGUCAACGACAACCCACCCAAGUUCCCUCAGAGUGUAUACGCCAUGUCCGUUUCAGAGGACAAGGUUUCGGGUGAGGAGGUGGGCCGUCUGAAGGCUAAAGAUCCAGAUCUGGGGGAGAAUGGACUUGUGUCAUAUCGUUUCAUCGAGGGCGAUGGGAUGACUGUGUUUGAGAUUACCACCGACACUGACACCCGUGAGGGUGUUAUCAAACUGAGAAAGCCUGUGGACUUUGAGACUAAGAGGGCAUACACCCUGAGAGUAGAGGCAUCCAACACACACUUGGACCCCCGUUUCAUCGCCUGGGGCCCCUACAAAGACACAGCCACGGUUAAGGUUAUGGUGGAGGACGCAGACGAGCCGCCUGCUUUCUUGGCAACUAGCUACAGCUUCGAGGUGGAGGAGAAUGCCCGUGAUGGGACCGUGGUGGGCCGUGUACACGCUAAAGACACGGACGUGGCCAACAACCCUGUCAGGUACAUGAUUCCCCGCUACACGGACGUGGAACAGUUCUUCAGUGUCGGCCCAGAGGAUGGCAUCAUCAAGACCACCAGACCGUUGGACCGGGAGACACUACCCUGGCACAACAUCUCUGUCAGUGCCACUGAGAUUGGGGGACAUCACCAAGAUACAAAAGUACGUGUCAACAUCAAAGUCAAAGAUAUGAAUGACAACGCCCCUGAGUUUGCCACACAGAACGAAAUCCUUGUGUGUGAAAAUGUCUCCCCUGGCAAACUCAUAGAGACAGUCAGUGCAGUGGACAAGGAUGAGAUGGUCCACCGACAGUACUUCCACUUCAGCAUCGCCCCAGAGGCUGUCAACAACCAGAAUUUCUCCCUGAAAGACAACAGAGACAGCACAGCCAGCAUAUAUGUGACCCGGAGGGGCUUCAGUCGGAUGACCCAGGAUGUCUACUUCCUUCCCAUUGAGAUCAACGACAACGGCAUUCCUCCUAUGAGCAGCACCAACACGCUGACCAUACGAGUGUGCAGCUGUGACAGUAAGGACACCAUCCUGUCCUGUAACGUGGAGCCUUACAUCCUGCCUGCAGGCCUCAGCACCGGAGCUCUCAUCGCCAUACUAGCCUGCAUCGUCAUUCUCCUGGCGAUCGUGGUGCUGUUUGUGGCCCUGCGUCGUCAGAAGAAGGAGCCGCUCAUUGUCUUUGAGGAGGAAGACAUCCGUGAGAACAUCAUCACCUAUGACGAUGAAGGUGGCGGAGAGGAGGACACAGAGGCCUUCGACAUUGCUACGCUGCAGAACCCUGACGGUGCCAACGGCUUCCUACCCCGUAAGGACAUCAAGCCUGAGCUCCAGUACCCGAUGAGGCCUGGCGGGCACCCCGUGGCCAACAGUGUGGAUGUGGAUGAUUUCAUCAAGACCCGCAUUAACGACGCGGACAACGACCCCACGGCCCCUCCCUAUGACUCCAUCCAGAUCUAUGGCUACGAGGGCCGGGGCUCCAUCGCUGGAUCCCUCAGCUCCUUGGAGUCGGUGACCACAGAUUCAGACCUAGACUACGACUACCUCCAAAGCUGGGGCCCGCGCUUCAAGAAGCUGGCCGACCUUUAUGGCACCAAAGACUCUGCCGAUGACAACUCUUAACGUUCAACCAUUUCCCUGACCAUCUCCUUGCACCCUUUCUCCAACCUUCCACUGACUUUGUGUGGUGCUUGAAGUUUACUAUAAGUAUACCACAAGCAUUUUUAUUUAUAGUAAACUUUGUUAUUUGUACGUGUAAAGUAUACUUGCAGUAUACUAGAUACCUGUUGGGGAUGUUUGGUAAGGAAGGACAGAGGGAAUUGAGGAGGUGGAAACAAAAGAGAGAGAGAGAGAAAUAUAAAACACAUUAAAAACAUUUAAUAAAAACACCUCUGUGGGAUGUACUGGUGUGUAUGGAAAAUUAAGACAUGCUUAAUGUUUGUGGUGAGAGAUCAAAUAACCCUCGGUAUUUCAAUUUUUUAUUCAUUUUGUAGGUUACUACGGUUUGGGGUUGGAAUGUGGGUCACAGAGAGACAUGUAAUUGUUGAUACUGUGAAUGAGCUCACAAAGAGGAGAAUAAAAAAUUGUUGCCUUAUAUCAAUGAAAAUAAACGAUGAGAAAACCACAACAGCAAACUGACACUGGUCGCUCGUGUAGCACCUCCAUCUUCCUGAGGAAGAUGAAUUCAACAAAAACAGAGACAGUGUUUUUUCACAAAUCCAGUGAAAAAUCCCCCCUUUCAGCCCAAUUCCACCAAUGAUAAAUCACAAGGAAAGACCUGUGAGCUCAAAAAUCGCCUUAAGUAAUGGACACUCUUGCAUCACAGUGCAUUUUUUGCAACUUGAAAAAUAUAACCUAAAGCAAGCUAAGGUACAUAUAACGUAUGUACAGUACAAUGUGCAAAUAUGUCUCUUGAGGAUCAAACGUGCGCCGAUUGGUUCUUGUAAAUCUCAUUUUUUAUGAUAAUGUUAUUAUGAUUAUUAUGAUUUUUUCAGUUCUCUUCAUUUUUUAAUUUUUUUGGGGGGGGCGUAUGUUUUUCUCCCUUGUUGAGAAAAUAGCAAUCUGUCCUGUUGUAGUGAAUGACGCCUAAUUUCUAUGUCGAAUUUAUGGUACCAAUUUGUACAAUUUUAAAAGUUCUUAUUUUAGUACACAUGCAGAUAUCAGUAUUUCAACAUGUAAGAAAAUGUUACAGCAUCACACUUAUAUUUUAUGAACAUUGUACUGUUGCUUUAUUAUGUGCUUCUAUCUAAGAAGCGAAAAACUUUGAAAUAAAUGCUUUUUAUAAAAUGA